AUGUGCUCUCUCUUUGCCAUUGUUUUCCUCAUCAUCUAUGGGUUUGAAUCCUUUAUGGGAACAACCACCAGUGCAUUUAUUGUAGCUGUGAAUCUUGUCAGUUGGGCUAAAGGCACCAUCCUGUCCCACAAUGACCAAAUCCUGCUCUCAAUAGGACUGUCUAGUCUCUGUGUACAGGGCACUUCUGUGACCGCUGUGUUUUCCUUUUUUUUCUGUACACAGCUGUUUGUAGGAUUCCAUUUACAAGUGUUUGUGUUUUUUUUUAUGUUCAGUAACAGCAGUUAUUUCUGGCUCAGUACUUUUUUACUUGUAUACUACACCAUGAAGGUGAUGAACACCCAGCAGCCCUUCUUCUUGUGGGUGAAGACGAAGAUAAUCAAGAAUAUCUUCUGGCUACUCUUAAACUGUUUUGUGUCAUCAUUUGGAUUUGGUCUGACGACAGCUUAUAAUGUAUCUACAACGGUGCUUUCUGAAACUGCAGCCAACCUCACUGGGAACUACUCCAAGCCCUCCAUUUUGUUCAACAACGGGUUUUAUAUGCGACUGUUCUUUAUUAUCCUAGAAUGUACUUGUCCCCUUGCUGUCACAUCUUUUCUUGUCAUACAACUCCUUAAGGGUAUUUGGAGCCAUGCUCAGAACAUGAAGAAAAGCAUGGCAGGCUCUGGGGUAGCCACUCUUAAUGCCCACAGAAGUGCCACCAAUACCUUGACAUCCCUCCUUAUCCUCUGUGUGUCUUUCCAUCUCAUGAUGAGUGUAGUUAUUUUAGGUAUCUUGCCAUAUUACAGCAUAGGGUUUUUAAUCUGUAUGACAUUAAUCUCCAUCUUAACUUCUGCACAAGCAGUCACCUUUGUCUUGAGGAAUCCUAAACUCAAGAAGAAAGCCCUGGGGAUUCUCCAGAGUUUCAGACCAUCCACAGCUAAAUCACAUGGUCAGACUACAGGUGACAUUUCUUAUGUGACUUCUCCCCUGUAA